GUGCACAAGAACAGAAUGGAUUUAAAAAGUUUUACAUUGAGAGCUCUUCUCGUUUCAUCAAUCUUAUCAAUCAUCCUUGCAUCUCCAACUACUAUAACAGCACCGCCUAUUACGAAAAAUACUGUGACAGAUGAGAAGGAUGAUCUUAAACAAUUCCUAGGACAUUGCCUGCACAAAGGCAACGUUUCAAAGUGUCUAAAAAAUCGUAUUGUCGAAUUGAUUGAUGAAGCUAUCACGAACAAUGAUGAAUGGAGUGCAAAUUUCUUUAGUAUGAAAAUAUCUUUAAAUAAAAAUCCAGAAUUUAAAGAAUUAGAACCAUCAGCGGAUCAGAGUCGUACGUUUGAGGAUGUGAUAAGUCAAAAGUUGAAAAGUUUAAUGGAAUCACGCGUUGUGCAAGUAAGAUUAUCAGAUGAGGAUGCAAACAAUGAUGCUGGCAAGAAUUCUAAUGAACCGAAUCAGCCAGAAGCAAGAAAGAAGAAGGACGGGAAGCAUGGAAAUCAUAUGAUGAUGAUGAGUGGAAUGGCUGUUAUGGCAAUGAUGAUACAACUAUUUUUAUCUAAAGUAGCAUUCCUGUCUGGUGCCGCUCUUUUAAUUGCCAAGAUUGCAUUGCUUUUUUCAACACUGAGUGGCCUAAAAAAGUCUGGCGGUAGUGGAGGAGCUGAGCAUGUAGUUUAUUCAGCUGAUAUUGCAAAACAAGGAUGGCAACGCAGUAUUCAAAGUAUAACACCAACAAUCCCGCAAGCCCAAAUGCCUCACACAGAUGAAGAGCUAGCAUAUCGAGGUCACCCAGCAAUGACAAGCUACGAUGGUGUGUAAAAUGAUAACGCUAUUAGAGGAGCUGAAAAGAAGGUGACUCAGCAUUAAUAAACGCUCAACAACAAUUUUGUUUUUUUUUUCUUUUUUAAUUUUCUUCAUUUUUAAUUUAUCGUAUCGAUUUUAGUAUUUUUAAUAAUUUAUUUUAUUUUUAUAUUAUAAUAAAUAGGUAGUAGAGCAAUCAUUAAUUUUGACACGAAUCUUCAAUAUGGAGCAUUCGAUAGACAAACUAGAUAUUUAGAGCAAUUUUUUUUUCUAGCAAAUAAAUAAAUAAAUAUUUUUUUUAAUCUUUGAAUCAAAGUUGUCAUCAUGUUGAGAAUGAAUUCAUUGCCUAAAUAGUUUUUUUAGUGUGUAUGUCCACGGUAAGCUCUGUCUUGCAUAAGCAUAUCGACAUCAUCACCUAAGCUUCUGUGAUAUUGGUUCUCAUGUCCAUCAUAAUCUCCUCCUCCAUGUGAUGAGGAAUAUGUGUGACUGUUUUGGACAUGUGGAUGCUUAACAAUCUCGUAUGUUGUCUUCUCAUGUCCUUCUGGUGUAACCAAUUUCUUCAAUCCAAUAAUGGCACUGAUGACAAGUGCAAUUUUACCAAUAAUUAAGGCUUUUCCAGCAACGAUGGCAAUUGAGUGAUAAACCAUGGUUAAAAUACCUCCUUUAAUGGCCAUAGCUGCAAUAAAUGGUCCCAAAUAUUUCUUCAUCUUCUUACGUCCUUCUUCAACUAAUCUUGGUGUUUCACUUGAUGCAAGAAGACGUGGAACAUUAACAGCAACUUGAUGUGUAUCCAUAAAUUUAUUAAUUCCUUUUACAAGCAUGGCAUCAAUUUUUUCCGAUGGCAAAUUCAUUGUUUCUUCACUGUCAAAUUCGACCAAUCCACUAGAACGUCCUGCAUUUUCAGUAUCAACAUCAUCACCGUCUUUUCUCACAAUUGAUAAUCCAUCAGUAAUUUUAAUGUUUGGCAACUUAAGGGCACGUUCGGUGAGUUUUAAUGCUUGGACUUUCAUGCACUUUAAAAGUUCAUCACUGUUUUCACAUACAUUAUAAAUUUUUUUCACUGCACGUAAUGCACUGUCAGCAGGUGAUGAUGAGACAUGAGCGACAAAUGUUAUGAGAAGAAUACUUGAGAUAACUUUGAAUGAUGCCAUAACUUUAAAAAUUUUAUUUAAUAAUUAUUUCUAAUAUUUAUUAAUACACAAUGCACUGACUGAUGAUGAUUGAUGCAAUAUGCAAUAAGCUUUAAAUACAACUGGUGCAAAAAC